GUUGUGGGCGUAGCUUGUGGAAUUGCAUACGCUGGCAGCUCGGCAAGUCGGUACUCAGUGCUCACACACCCAACAAGGCGAACGUAGUGCUUGUGGGUAUCCUUACCAGCCCACCGUUUCUUUACUCUCCCUUUAUAGUGUGCCCAGCCUAGCCAUGGUAGCCAAACAGAGAAUCCGCAUGGCCAAUGAGAAGCACAGCAAGAACAUCACACAGAGAGGCAACGUGGCCAAGUCAUCGAGAAAUGUGACGGAGGAGAAAUCUGCAGUGGGACCAUGGUUACUGGCGCUAUUUAUCUUCGUGGUCUGUGGAUCCGCUAUUUUCCAGAUUAUUCAGAGCAUCAGGAUGGGCAUGUAAAGAAGAUCUCCCCCCCCCUCUCCCUAUGUUGCUAUUCACCUGUGAAGUAUAAACGAACUCUAAUAUUUUGAUCUAUUGACCAGGACAAAGGAAAGAUAACGGAUUUCACAUAACUGCCUGUUCCAGAAUGACAGUUUAAUACAACUCUCAUCUGAGUCAUUCCAAAUUAUUCCACCAAAGUCAUUCCAAGUUUUCUAAUCCAUACCACAGUGCCUUCGCAAGGCACCGUAUGCAGAAAAGCAAUAAAGCAGAAAGCCUGCAGUUGUGGAGCUACUUUAUUGAGUGAAAUGUCAGUUUUUUUUCUUUGUGAAACAAUUUUUUGCAAUGUAGAUACAUAGACUAAAUAGCUAUUUUGUUGCAGCUAUUUGUGUUUAAAUGUUGUACCUUUUUUAAUGUAUAAAAUUGGUUACUUUUUUCUAAUUUAAAAAUCAAAAGCUGGAAUACUGAUUCUUAGAUAAUUGGAACAUUCUGUACUAUGCUGCGUGAAAAUUGUCUGUAAGGUUUGCCCUGUUUCCAGAUGCUGCUCUGCAUUUUUUUUAGGUAAUUCCCUAAGGACCUAGCAUAGAGUCCCUGAGCAACACUUGCUGUGUAAAUGGAGAGAAAACAAAAAAGCCACAUUUCUGUAAACAAACAAAAUUGAACCUGACCGUGAAUCAGCUUUAUCUACCUCUCCCCUGCAUUAAUCGAGUGUGAUGCUAUAGCAACGAUCAAUCAGCCAAACGCAGCGGAGAGAUCUUAUGCUAACCAAUCUGGUUUUUGGCAUUCAGGUGCUGGCCUGGGUUUACUGUAGACCCCACUGGCGGGUAACAAGCUGUCAUUUUUCUUAAAUCAUCUGGGAAAAGGCCACUGCUGCUUGGAGGAAUAAAAUACUGUGGACAUACUGGGGGUCUUAAACUUGGUGCAUUACAGCUAGUUUUGUGUGCAAGUCCAAGUCAGAUAAUCUUCUUGCCUUUAAUGAUCAUUUUCUGCCCUCUGUUUUUUUUUUUUUUUUUUCUCUUGUACAAAUGAAGGUUUGUGGCAUGACUUAAGUGCGUAAGAGACCGUAAAGGUAUUGCUAGCAGCUGAUCAAAAGAAGUGUUCUUUUGAUGCAUUUUUAAAAUAAAAUAAAAUUUUACAAAAAUGCA